AUGCAAUCAAAGAGAAAUUACUGGCGGACAGUUGCAAGCUUGAAAGGGAAGGGGGGAAAUAAAUCUAAUUUCUCAUUUCCAUCACUUCUUAUUUAUUCCCCCCCCUCUCCCUUGAUUCCUCACUCCCCCACUGUGUAUCACCAUAUCGAAUGUCUCCCCUCCUCACCCUCGGUUACUCUUUCAUAUAAAACUUCUCUUUCAUUCUCUAUCUCACACUUUCUCUCCCAAGGUUUCCUCUCCAGAGUAAAGUCAAUAUCGUCCAUUUUAAAGCGGAGCCUCUCUCUCAUUUACUCUGUUCCUUUUUUUGUCCCUAUCUCUAUUUCCUUCCUCAUCUCUCUUCCCUUUUUCAUCCCUCUCUAUUUUCUACUUCCUUCUUCCUCAUCUCUCUUCCCUUUUUCAUCCCUCUCUAUUUUCUACUUCCUUCUUCCUCAUCUCUCUUCCCUUUUUCAUCCCUCUCUAUUUUCUACUUCCUUCUUCCUCAUCUCUCUUCCCUUUUUCAUCCCUCUCUAUUUUCUACUUCCUUCUUCCUCAUCUCUCUUCCUUUUUUUUCCCUCUCUAUUUUCUACUUCCUUCUUCCUCAUCUCUCUUCCCUUUUCAUCCCUCUCUAUUUUCUACUUCCUUCUUCCUCAUCUCUUCCCUUUUUCAUCCCUCUCUAUUUUCUACUUCCUUCUUCCUCAUCUCUCUUCCUUUUCAUCCCCUCUAUUUUCUACUUCCUUCUUCCUCAUCUCUCUUCCCUUUUUCAUCCUCUCUAUUUUCUACUUCCUUCUUCCUCAUCUCUCUUCCCUUUUUCAUCCCUCUCUAUUUUCUACUUCCUUCUUCCUCAUCUCUCUUCCCUUUUUCAUCCCUCUCUAUUUUCUACUUCCUUCUUCCUCAUCUCUCUUCCCUUUUUCAUCCCUCUCUAUUUUCUACUUCCUUCUUCCUCAUCUCUCUUCCCUUUUUUGCACUCUGUUUCCUUCCUCAUCUCUCUGUUCCCUUUUUCAAACCUCUCUAUAUGUUUCUACUCCCUUCUUCAUUUGUCUUUCCCUUUUCCGCCUCCCUAUCUAUGUUUCUAUUUCCUUCAUUUGUUCUCCGUUUUUCACCCCUCUCUCUAAGUUUUUAUUUCCUUCUUCAUCUCUCUCUCUCUCUUUUUUCAGUACUUGCUUUUUAUCGCUCACCCAUCUCAAUUUGACCGUUUCAUUUUUCUUCAUGGCCAGGGGUUUAAAUUUAUUUGAUUUUUUUUUUCUCCAAUCUAUCCCUUCCUAUCAAUCUUUCUUUUUAAACUACUUGUUUUUAAUUUUAUAUUUUCAACUUCUUAAAUUCUACCUGCUCUUCUUCAAUCUUUCUUUUCCCUUUCACACCCCCUCAGAUAAUAUUUGA